AUGGACCAAAUAUCAGACUCAGCCCAGGAUAACGGUGCACAAACGACACCAAAUACUCCAGAGUUGUUGAGUGACGAGAUUAAAUACCAUAAUAUCAGCUCACCGCCAUCGUCCAUCUCCACAAACACGCAUGAUAUCUCCCGCGCAAGGUAUCACAUGAAAGAGCUCGAGACUUUUGCAGCAGUAAAUUAUAUAGAAAAACAUGGAACGGAAGAUAAUCUUAUCAUCAUCUACUAUGGAGGUCACGCGAUCAUUAAUAAUUCUCGACAAACUACCUGGUCUUGCGAUCAGGAUAUUUCCCAUGCCUCUGUGCGCUGGUCAGCCAUUCAAAGUGUUUUCGAAGAGUCGAAGUCCGACGUGCUCUACCUUUUGGAUUGCUGUUCUGCUGCAGGUACAGCGCCUUCUGGUGGACCUGGUGUCAUUGAAACCAUUGCCGCCACCGAUUUCGAAACAUGGGCACCGGGUCCAGAUCGUCAUUCAUUUACUAAUGCUCUUCUUCACGUCUUAGAUGAUUGGAUGAAUCGAUCCUCAUUUUCGGCCGCUAUGCUUCAUAGCGAGAUUCUCUCUGUCUUCAAACACGAGAAGCUCCAGAAGAGUCAUCAUGGCGAUCAACACAAAUCAGAAAAUAGGAAGACCCCCAUUUACAUCCUUGCGUCCGAGGAUCCUAAAUCUCUGAGCAUUGAAAUAUGUCGACGUACUACUCCAGGGAAUAGUUGGGCUGGCACAUUGUCUCCCGGGAUGACGGAGGCUACAGACAUCUACUCCCCAGAAAAUUUGCAUGGACUGACGCCAGAGGGAAAGUUGGCUGUACCCCACGUGCUCAUAUCUAUUUCGUUGGAAGAGAACCAAUUAGUGGACGUGGAGGCGUGGCACAAAUGGAUUCGCCAAUUUCCUGCCUUGGCGCAAUUCGCUCUUGUGGAAGGAGUAUUUGCGAGCCAUUCUACUAUCAUUCUGCUGUCUUUACCAGUGCUAAUUUGGGACAUGCUUCCGGAAAACUUAGCUGUAUCUUUCGUGGCAUUCGUGGAAUCUAGAAAUCUUUUAUCUCAAAUAUCGGAAAAGUUAGGCGUGGAAGUUCCUAAACAACAGCAGUCGAAGGACUUUCGAGGUAGACCAGAUUCUGAUACGCUUCAAAUUCCACCUCCGUUGCCCCUCAUUCAGCAAAUCGAGCAAGCUCUCCAUAAACAAAAACAGCAAACAAUGAAGGAUUGGGAAACCCACUUUCAGAAGGAGAAAGUGCGUCUUGAAGCAAAAGUUCAAGAUGCUCGUGAUGACGCUCAGAAGAAAGAACUUGAAUUUUUUCAAGAGAGGAGUGCAUACAGAGAGAUCAUGGAAAGAGAUAUGAGGGAGGUGAAGAAGGAAAGCCAAGUUAUUAAGGAGGAAGCAAGAAGAGCAUGGGAAGAAUUGGGUCGAUAUGAGCACGAGGAAAGAGAAAGGACAAGAUUACUUAGGGAUGGUCAACCAAUCACCAUCGGUGGAAUUCAGGUUAUUCCCAUGGGCGAUACAGAAGAAUCAAUCUUCAAGGACGAAAGAGGGCGCGUUGGGGAUGUUGCUGCUUGGGUAGGCGGCGUCAAAUCGGAGACGUCCCAAGUGCCUAAAAUACGAGAAGGCUCGAGACCAAGAGGACCUCCAGAAGUACUACAGGAGCGACAAUAUCAUCAGCCCGAGUCUAUUCCCGUCACAAGACCAGAAUAUCCGACGAAGCACCUUCACGAAUCUCAUCCCAACCAUUAUAUUGAACAAUCAUCGCCAAUUCACCACAAACCCGGCGACGUACCUUUUGAUGUUUCACUGCCUUACCCGCCACCUGGUCUAGCCAAGCCAAAGUCCAAUGCAUCUCUCUCAAAAUUUAGAGAGAGGAGCAUUGCCUCAUUCAAAUCCAUCGCAAGCGGAGUGAUAUCACCACCGGAGAGCAUUGCAAGUGAAGAAAUGGACGAGUCAACCCAUGAAGAAUACGAAAGUGCUUUGAGUGGCGGAAAUGAUGACGAAGAUGGAUUAGGGAGAGGAGAUCGCGAUUCGGUGGACUAUCUGCAAGAAUUUCUGGACGCAGGCGACGAUGCACCAUGGAACUUUCCACGACAAAGUAUCAUAGAAGGUGAUGGUGCAGUACCUCAAGACAAUAGAGAUAGGGACCAUAAGGUGCCUGAGAAAGUUCUCGAUCCAGAUCAAAUCACCCUGGAGCCAAAAUCUUAUAGAUCUGAAAGUAAAAAAGAACCCACAAAGGCGAAAGACUCCGAGCCUACCGCUCUCCUUGAUUGGGAGAGGCGUGGGAUGCAGCAAAAGUUGGCUGAACAUGCGCUGCCGAGGCCAAGCCCAGAAACCGCAUUAGAGCCUACUAGCCCUGAACCUACGAAAGCCAAAGGUGUGGAUCCCUUUACCCUACAAGUCUUAGAGAAGGGCAUACCACAAGAGGUGGUCGAGCGAGUUUUACCAGGACAAGUUACUCCGCCUCGUAAAAGUCUCGAUCUUGCGUCAAGGACAGAUGUCGGUCCUUUGACAUUACAAGCACUAAAAACAUACGAGAAAUUACAGGAAGAGUUGGAGACUCAUCAAGCCACGAGACGACCGGUCCCGGAGCGGCCAGCCGACCAUAUUCCCAACAGACUUUCGCAUAUAACUGAAAGGGAUGGUGAUUGGGAACCCAAGAGUCCUGGCAAAUUAAGCGCAGUUGGAAGUCCACAGUCGAAGCGCAGGGACGAGAAGGUUGGGGACAAAAAGGCACUGGCUGCAGUAGAAGAGGCUAUCAAGAAACUUAUCAUACCCGAAAUGGAAGAGUUGAAGAAGGAGUCCGAGACGACAAGGAAAAUAUCGGACGGUCCUGGCACUGGCACUGGCACUGGCACUGGCACUGGCACUGGCACUGGCAUUGGCACUGGCAUUGGCACUGGCACUGGCACUGGUCCUGGGACUCUCAAAAUUCCUUGGGAUAGCGAUGAAAAGAGUGUGGGGAGGACUGAGUCAGUGAAACAUGGCAAAGGUAAAAGCAGCACAAAGAAAGCCUUCGAAGCGGUUGAGGAUGCUAUUAAGAAGGAAGCUGAGGCAUUGAAGAAGAAAGAAGAGGAAGAGGAGGAAGUGGAAGCUUUGAUGAAAUUGAGAAAAGAUCAGAAGGAUAGAAAACGCAAAGACGAGGAAAAGGAAAAACCCAAACGAGAGGGAGAUGAGAAGGAUGCCGCAAAAGGUUCUUCCGGUCGUGAUGUGGACCAUAAUGCUCAUAUCCACUUGGAACAAAAGCAUGCUGGCAAGGAAGUGUUGGUGGAUAGUGAAAAGGCUCUUUCGGCAGUUGAUGAUGCAAUCAGAAAACUAAUAGCCCCAGAGUUUGAAGGUCUCAAGAGAACGGAUUCCCACAAGAGUCAUAAAAGCCACAAAAGCUCAAAAAGCCAGAGACACGAGAAAUCUAAGAUGGGAGAGAACACAAUUCAGCAGCCACUCCCAAAACGUGAUGAGUCUCCGGUGAAGGAAAAAUUGGAAAAAGGUCAUCAGAGAAAACACUCGAUCCCAAAACCUGAUGAUGUUCCGGCUAAAGAGACGAAGGAAACGAAAUCGAAGUCACAAAAGGUAACACACGUCGAGCAACAGAGUGAAGAGGGAACAAACUCAAGCGCGCCUCCUCAUAAGGAAAAGAGUGAAAGAGGCCUGUGGUGGAUGGAAAGAAAGCCUCCCAACCAUCAACGAGAAGAACAAUCCCGGGAACAUUUACCGUCAUCAUCAUACUCACAAAAGGACAAAGGGAAAGCUCAAGACGUCCCCUUGGAUCCUGUUCCCACUCCACCUCUCGAGUUUUCACCAGGAGCAGAGGCCAAUGACGAGAUAGGUAUCCUACCUCGUGAAAUCGAUACUCACACUUGGCAAGGAUUCAAGUUUGCCAAUCGAGAUGUCACACCCUCCAUGUCCUCUCUACCAACCGCCAUUCCUCGUUCGAGUGUCAAUACUAGCACGUUUCCAUCCAGUCCUAACGAUCCAUGGUCUCAAUCGGAGCAUUCCUUCGGCACUAUGCUUCCACCUCGUACCUCACUAGACGGCACACGCGAUCCCCGCACCUCAUUAGACUUUUCACGCAACGAAUCGCCGCAUAGUCAACUCUCCUCUACCAGCAAUUUCAACGUCUACAGCCAAUUCCCACCACUUCCCGAAGACCGCGAACGUCCGCUUUCUACACCCACAAUUCCUACUCCCUUUGCAAGGGUACCCUCUCCCCCUUAUUCGCUUCCUCGCUUCAACCCUCACUACAACCCAAAUAAUCCCUACUCCCAAUUCGCCCAAUUCGAACAAUCCCUCUCAACACCCACUUUACAAAGAAUCAGUACCGGGUCAUCCUUCCACUCAUUAGACGACACGGCGCGUAGCAUCCACAAUAUUCCCAUCACCAGUCACCCACCUCCUGCGCCCGUAUUCGGUCCAUCAACACACAACCAACACGAACACCAACACCAACAUCAGCAUCAGCACACCCCCAUCUCCGUCAUCGAGCCCGACUCCAACCCCAAACACUCCUUCACCUUCACGACCGCCCCACACCCCUCCACCCACCAAUCCCCCCCAUUCUUCCCCGCCGAACUCCCCGCAUUCCCCCAUUCCGUCCCUCUAUCCCGCUCAAAUUCUAAUUCUAACGCUCAACCCUCACGUCAUCAUCUUCUACCUGGAGAUCGCGAUCGCGAUCGAGACCGAAGAGAAGGGAGAUUCUCAACUCAAGCUUCUUAUCCCACACAACCGCUCCCGUCGCCUUCUCCUUCGGAAACAGAAACGCUGUUGAAGAAUCUUAUAUUGCCGGAAUUGGAGACGUUGGAGAAGGGGGAAAGAGCUAGGAUGGAGGAGGAGGAGAGGAGGAGGAGGGAGUGGGAGAGGGAUUUUGGGAUUUUGUGA